AUGGUGGCCCUGGCCGAGGACCGGCGUCGUCCUGUGGACGCCCUCCGGCAGGUGUGCCUGGUGCAGUUCGAGGACGACUCGCAGUUCCUGGUCCUGUGGAAGGACAUUAACCCGGCCGCCGUCCCGGGGCAGGAGCCCGCCUGCUGCGUCUGCCGCUCGGAGGCCUCCGGGCCGGAGAACCGCCUGGUCAGGUGCGAGAAAUGCAGCCACGCCUACCACCAGGAAUGCCACCUGCCCCGCGUGCUCAGCGAGGCCGCCUGGACCUGCCGGCAGUGCGUCUUCGCCGUGGCCACCAAGCGCGGGGGGGCCCUGAAGAAGGGGCCCUACGCCAAGGCCAUGCUGGGCAUGAAGUUGGUGCUGCCCUACCAGCUGAAGUCGCUCGAGUGGGACGCCGAGCACCUCACCAACCGGCAGCAGUGCUACUGCUACUGCGGGGGCCCCGGCGAGUGGAACCUGAAAAUGCUGCAGUGCAGCCCCUGUGGGCAGUGGUUCCACGAGGCCUGCACCCAGUGUCUGAGCAAGCCCCUCCUCUACGGGGACAGGUUCUACGUCUUUGAAUGCUGCGUCUGCACCGGAGGGCCCGAGAGCGUUCAGCGCCUGCCCUUGCGUUGGGUGGACGUGGCCCACCUGAUCCUCUACCACCUCAGCAUCUGCUGCAAGAAGAAAUAUUUUGAUUUUGAGCGAGAGAUCCUGCCGUUCGCCAGCGAGAACUGGGACAGCCUUCUAUUGGGAGAGCUCUCCGAGACGCCCAAAGGGGAACGCUACAAUCAGCUGCUGAGUGCCCUGACCGGCCACAAGGACAGGUUCAUCUCCGGGAAGGAAAUCAAGAAGCGCAAGGGGCUCUUUGGGUUGCACCUGCGAGUCCCGCCCCCUGCCCCCCAAGCCCCAGAGACCCCCGGGCCCUUCCUCCUCGCCGAGAGCAGGUGUGGGUCGGGGCCGCAGCCCAGGAGAGACAGGCGCCAUCGCCCGAGGGCCCCGGGGGCAGCCUCCAGCACGGAGCAGCGCAGCGCCAGGGAGAGGGAGCGGCUGAGCAGGGCCCUCACUCAGGAGCUGGCGCAGAGCCCUCCGGUCAGCCCUAACGAGAGCUACGGCGGCUACGGCGGCGCCUGCAGCAGCUACAACUUCCGCCGCACGGACGCCCGUUGCCAGGACAGCACCCCGAUCCGGAUGUUCGCCUCCUUCCAUCCCUCGGCCAACACCGCAGGGACCUUGAGGAGCGAUGAGCCCCCCCUUGACUUCUGCGUGGCAGCCACGCCCGCCGCAGAGCAGCAGAGCCCGGAGCGUCCUGCCCCCGCCUUCCUGCCCUGCCCAGCGCCCCCCCUCAAACGCCAAGCCGCGCCCCCUCCCCUGCCCCCCACCGUGCCCCCCUCUCUCUGCGCCCCAGCCAGCACCAGCUACUUCGGGGUGAUGGGCCGGCUGGCGCGGGGGGAGGCCGUCCGCAUCCUGGCCCGUCGCAUCGCCACGGACGGCACCGUCCAAUACCUGGUGGAGUGGGACGGGCGGGGCAUGUUCUAG